AUGAACGGAUGGAUGGACGGUCCAUACAGGCUCAUGGGUACAUGUUACCCCGGGCAUCACAUUGGCAAGCAUGCAAUUGUCAAGCGCGUUAGCUGCGUUCAUCCGAAGACUUGCAUUCAGAUUCGUUCCUCGGAUCGGACCAGUAACAUUUUGUGUAGUUUCCAUCCAACAAGUCGACUCUUUUUCUCGUCCUCGAUCUCUGUUUUGGCUGCCACACGUAGACGUCACAUCCGAUAG